GGAAGAGAAAAAUGAAGGCUUCCAACCGAAGGCCUUGGACUUCAGAAAAUGGAUUAGAAGAGGUGCUUGAUGAAAUGGAUGCUAAAAGAAAACACUGGAAAGAAAAAUUGUUUGCUCCCUGUUUUACUGCACAGGAUAUUCUAGGUGAGCCUUCUCAGCUUGAACCAUCUGAACAAAUUGCUUCAUGUAAGGGCAAGAAAACGGGUGGAAUUCAUCAUUUGUCUAGUAAAAAGUUUCAAGAAGAAAAUAAAUCUAAGCGAAAGGAAUUCACUCCUCAACAAAAUGAAAAAGAACCGAAUUUAAGAGAGAGAAAGGUCCGCUUGUCAAAGAAUUCAGCAAACAAACGUGUUGCUGCCCAUAAAUCACCAAGUUACGAUGCUUCACUUGAAGAAAGGAGUAACAUCAAGGAAGACUGUGCCACCUGGAUUAGAAAGGAAUUAUCAACUCCACCACACCAAGAAUCGAGGAAGAAAAUCACCAAAGGGAUGUCUACAAAAUGUCGCCUGAAUAUUUUGAAUGAAGAGCUGGAAGAACUUAACAUGAAAUGCAGAAAAAUAGAAGAAGAAUUUGAAAUAGCUGAAAAAGAACUUAUGACCUCUAAAAGAGAUGUCUCCCCUACCACCCUAAAUUUUGAAGAGACAGAGGUGAGAACAUUGACGAGAGACUGGGAACUUCAUACUUUGAGAAACGACCUAUCCGAAGAAACAACAAAUGUGCAGAGCCUAACCGAAGAACUGCAGCGAGCCAAAGAAAUGAUCCACAAACUGAGCCUGGAAAACAGCGAUCUAAAAGAAAUGGUUAGGAAGCUGAAACGUGAAACUGAAGUUGGAAGAGCACUGAUCAAAGAAGAACUGAAAUUGCAAUACGAAUUGGAAGUGGACAAAAUCCGUGGAGAGGUCGAUGCCAUCAAGAAUGACCUGAGAUCAGAGAAGACCCUGCAAGCAAGAAAUAACAGAGCCUUGGAGUUACUUCGCAACCACUUUGUGAGCACAUCGUCAGGGGCUCGUGACCGCUACCAACUGGAUUUUUUUUAAAACAUUAAAAAAACCAAGCCUUUCAUUAGGCAGGUCAUUGAGUCAAAUCAGUGUUCUUGUGCUUCCUUUGUGCGUUGCUUAAAAUGUGUGUCAUGAGAUGUCAUUUUCAUUUGGGGUGAAUCAGAAUAUCUAUGUGAUCUAUAGAUAUUAACUUCAAAGCUUCUGCUCUCUUUACAGAGCUGGGUACAGGCCA